GAUGAGGCUAAAUUGUUCCACCACUCAAACUCUGUUUUGGAUGCACACGUAGGUAUGUAUGUAUACAUGCAUUCAUAUAUGAAUCAAGAUGUUACACUCCAUUACAUUAUAGGUAUACACACAUAGAUACAGUUACUCGAUGUUGUAAUAGAGAGAGAUCUUAAUUGCUUAAUAAGACCGCAUAAAGAGACGCCACAACUUUCUUUCCUCCUCUCCAUUUCACUUCCCUCAACGCAAACUUUGCAGACUUUCCGAGGAUUAAAAACAAAUAUUCUAACUAAAAAAAGGAGAAAUUUGCGGUAAUUCUCUUGUGAAAUUCGAUUUACCGUCAAUUCUCUAGAAAAACAUUCCUUCACAUCCCUUUUUCUUUUCUUCUCAUAAGCUCUGAUCAGACAACAAAACCAAACUAAGAAACCCUCUUCGUCUGUCUGAAAAAAAUCAAAGGGAUAAAUCUGUCUUCUCACAAUGGAUGCUACAACGAGUGGAACUCCAGGUUUACAGUAUCAUAACUUACCUGAUCAACCUGUUGCGUCUCCUCCGGUGACUACAUUUCAAAGGCAAAAACGCCAACGCUUUGGAGACUCAACUCCUGGAGAGUUUCCUUUAGCAGCUAGCCCUUCCAUCGUCCUUCAUGUUCUCACUGAAUGUAGAUUGGAUCCUCGUGACCUCGCCAAUCUAGAGGCGACAUGCUCGUUCUUUAGCCAGCCAGCAAACUUUGCACCGGACUGUAGUUUAUCCCUACCUGAGCUCGCCGCUCUCGACAUGUGUAAUAAAAGGAUGAUUUUCAAGCCGAUGAAGGAAGAAGAGCGUGAAGGAAUGAAACGUAGGUGCGGAGGUUCAUGGAAACUGGUACUUAGGUUUUUGCUUGCUGGUGAAGCGUGUUGUCGAAGAGAGAAAUCUCAAGCCAUUGCUGGUCCUGGUCACAGCGUUGCCGUCACUUCAAAAGGUCAAGUCUACACCUUCGGUUAUAAUAACUCUGGACAGCUAGGACAUGGCCAUACCGAUGAAGAACCUCGGAUUCUGCCCGUCAGAUCAUUGCAGGGAAUCAGAAUCAUCCAAGCAGCAGCUGGUGCUGGUCGGACAAUGCUAAUAAGCGAUAAUGGAAGUGUUUAUGCGUGUGGUAAAGAUUUGUUCGGAGAAGCUGAGUACGGAGGGAAAGGGAGUAGACUGGUUACAACUCCUCAGCUUGUGACAUCUUUAAAGAACAUAUUUGUGGUGCAAGCGGCUAUUGGAAACUUCUUCACCGCUAUUCUCUCCCGAGAAGGGAAGGUUUAUACAUUCUCGUGGGGCAAUGAUGGUAGGCUCGGUCACCAGACCGAGGCUAAUGAUCUCGAGCCACGUCCUCUGUUAGGUCCGCUAGAGAAUGUACCCGUUGUGCAGAUUGCUGCUGGUUAUUGCUACCUUCUUGCCUUGACUUGUAAACCAAAUGGCAUGUCGGUUUAUUCGGUUGGUUGUGGUUUAGGAGGCAAGCUUGGUCACGGGUCGAAAACCGAUGAGAAGUAUCCUCGGGUUAUAGAGAAGUUUAAGGUAUUGAAUCUUCAACCUAGGGUAGUUGCAGCCGGUGCAUGGCAUGCGGCGGUGGUUGGUCAAGAUGGAAGAGUGUGCACUUGGGGUUGGGGAAGAUACGGUUGCUUAGGACACGGUAACGAGGAGUGUGAGUCAGUGCCUAAAGUUGUUGAAGGGCUAAGCCAUGUCAAGGCGGUUCAUGUCGCAACGGGAGAUUACACUACUUUUGUGGUCUCGGAAGAUGGAGAUGUUUACUCGUUUGGUUGUGGUGAAUCUGCUAGUCUCGGUCACCAUCCAGUCCUUGAUGAACAGGGUAAUAGACAUGGGAAUGUGUUGAGUCCAGCGGUAGUAACAUCGCUGAAACAAGCGAAGGAGAGGGUGGUUCAGAUUCGUCUAACGAAUUCGAUAUAUUGGAACGCUCAUACCUUUGCGCUAACGGAAUCAGGGAAGCUAUUCGCGUUUGGUGCGGGUGAUAAAGGUCAGCUUGGAGCAGAGCUUGGUCGUGACCUAACAGAAAGGUGUGUUCCUGAAAAAGUAGAUAUCGAUCUCAGUUAGCGGUUGCCGGUUUGUUGGCGGUUUAGUUUGUUAUGGUUCAUAGAAUUUGGAAAGGUUUGUACAAAAGGUAGGGGAACAUAAGUUAAGGAACUUGUCUUAACAUUUUCAUUGUAUAGAUUUGUAGAUUUAUUCUAACUGUUCAUGUGUCGUGUUUUAGCCUUUAGGUUAUUUUGUUAAUAUCUGUUUGAAUAAUUUCAGUUAAUCAAUUUAUUAAGGUUCAUUUCU